AACACCAAAGGAAGUGUUGCCAUUAUAAAAGUGUAUAGGAAAUGGGAGAAGAGACACCACAAAUUACUCCAUACUCUUGGAUCUACACAAAAGAAGCAGAAAUAUAAGAGCUUCUCCACGUCGGUUUUUUUUUUCUUGUAUUUUCUUUCACUAGUGAAGCGGUCAAAAAAAAUGUCGAAUUCAAUGGGAGGACUAAAAGUGGACAAUAAGGUCCACGAGAGGAUGAAGAAGCUAGCAGAGGAGCUCUGUCGCCUAGACUUGAAGACCUCGAAAGGCAUCCCUUUCACCUGCGAGGAUCACCGGAUUGCCUUCCUGAAUAGGUGCUUGGAAGGGCGUGACAUUGCAGUUAAGGUGAUAGAACGAGGUGAGGAGGAAUUAAAGAAAGCAGGGGUGGAGAUUCCAGACCCAAGUGUGGAAACAGAAAAGGAGGAGAAAUCAAAGAAAGAAGGGUUGAAGGAUCGGGUUUUAUACGCCUUCAAAACUGUGGAGUACAUGGUGGGGUAUGGGAUGCAAGCCGUUAAUCACGCUAACUUGCGACGUAGAUACAUGGAAGAAGUUCGGAUUACUUCUGAUAAUUGGUUCAGCAGGAUAAGAGAGCUAGAAAAAGAGAAGGAUGUUACUAAAAAGUUGAAGGAAUCCGAAAAGGUGGUUCAGGAGAUGCUCGUUUACAGGCGCUGCUGUAGAAUGGACUAUGUCGGCCAGGCCGAUGAAUCAAUGCAGAGAUUCGCAACUGCAUUGAAACUCGACAAGUUAGAAUCAUUUGAAGAUGUUGUUAAAAGUCGUGCAACUACGGUAUUCAAGAAGGAUUUCAAUCAAUUGGACGAUUUUCAAAAGAUGAAGGUGUUUGAUAAAGUUCUCGAGGAUGCGGGACAAACUUCCCGUUUAUGGGAUGUAGUUUCGGACGUGGCUGACCUCGCAAAUAAAUGGCUUCUUCGUUUGACGUUUAUGAUAUCGUUGUAUGACAUCUUCAGCUCUCAAAACUGGUUUAAAACAUUUUUAGGUGAAUUGGCAGGGUUUUUAGUUGGUAAUUAUAUUGGUGGAACCGUUGGAGAAGUGCUGCUGUCGUUGGUUGUAACAGUAAUUACAACUAUUUUUGCUGAGGAGAUAACGGGUCUCACCGCAGGUGUAGUUGCUGUGGCCCUUCUUCUUGCCAAUCUUGCAGGCGGAGUUCUGUAUGGAGAGAAAGCGGAUUGGCUUGUCAACAAACUAUACGAUUCCGCAACUGCAAAUUCUGGAGGCACCCUUGAAGGGAAAACGCGCACAAAAAAUCCCUUUUACAUGGCCGGGGCUGGGGAAAAUGGAUAUAAUCUUGCACGCUCCCUUAACUUUUGAGCAACAUCAUAAUAUUACUCCUUUUUAUCUAAAUGCAUGCUUUCAUUUCUGUACUUUAUUUUCCAAAUUAAAAAAUAAGGACUUGAGCUAGCUUCAUAUAGCGGUUCAUCUAUAUAUCAUCAUCACAGAUGAGCUGCUAUUAUUUUUGCCCUGCUCAUAUCCCAUCUUUCUUUAAUUUCUUCCAUUUUUUUUCUUUUUAACGUUGUUGUACUUUACUCGAUCAUAAUAAGGGAGAUGUGAGUAGAUUCUUGCAUUUAUUGCAGAUAGAUCUUCAUUUGUAUGCUCACAUAUAUAAGCAGGAAUGGAGUUGUUUGUCAUGGUUCUGAUUA